CUCAGUCUUGGAGCUGGAGUCUUCCGCCGACUUAAAGAGGCCCUCCUGAUGUGUACUGUGUGGUCGCGUGGCUGCCAGGCUACCUUUCAGGGUCAGUGAGCGAACUUAUACCAAAUGCUCCCGUAAAUGCCAUGCGAAGGGAGAGUGGGACUCAGGCCCUCCGCUCCUCGAGCACACAGUCUCCGUGUACAAACACUGGACCCAGAUGCCCAGCACCAAGUUGGAAGACACAUAAAGACUGUAGCCCCCAACGGAGUUCUCAACCUGUACUGGGGAUGGGAGACUUACUGGAAGAAGAGCUCUUAUUCCUUCACAAGCCAAAGAGGAGCAGAGCUCAAUCCUGGAAGAGAGGCCACCUGGCAGUCUUUGCCCUCAGGCAUUUCUUUGCAAUCUUGCUUGCCUUUUUACAUCAACUCUAGUAAUCCUAAUUCACAAAGCUGACUCUCAGUGCUUUUCUUAGAACCAUCCCAUAUCUUCCCUUGGACCCUGAACACUGGUCAUUCAACAAGUCUGUUAUUCAACAUCUUGCAGCGCCUGAUACCUGCCUCCCUUUUCAGCACUGGGGUCGUGGGGGGUAAAGGUAAUGGUGGUGGUGGUGCAGGGGUUGUAAAUAUUUAUUUGCAGUUUCCUGAUUGACCUCCUGGACUUUCCACAUGUUGGCACACCGCCUCCCCACGAGGUCUGCCUUCAGGCCUGAAUACAAACAAUAUCCUCCUGAUUGCCAUUUCUGACCCCAUUCUUUGGGCAUCCCCAACUCCCUGUGCUUAAUCCCUAUUCCACGUAGCUCCAUUCAUUUAUCAAAUCAAGUAAUUACUGUCUGUGAUGUGCCACACACUGCUCUGUCUAGAUACACAGAAGUUCACAGAACAGCCUAAAGUCCCCAUAUCCGUGAAGAAUUGCAUUAUGCUUUAUUCUGUUUCUGGAUCAGUCUCUUCCGCUAAAUUUGGAGUUCCUGGAGGAAUGAGACAAGAUCUGACUCCUGUGACCCACACCCUGGCAAUUGCUUAAACAAAACUUGAAUUUUGAAUUGAGUAAAUUACAGCCUCCCAUUUCCUUGGCUGACACCAUGCCCCUGUAUCCUGAUACAAGGAGUUGGAGGAGAGGUCACCAAACCCAGUAGCUGUCAUCACCCCUCAAAUCAAGACCCUGGGGUUCUGUAAAUUUAGGGCUCAUGAAGGGUAGGAGUCAGCCCCACCUUGUUCCUGCAGCUAGUAACUUGAACCACAUGUCUCAGGUAACAGCAGCAGCUUCUGCAUCAAUAAUUGAGAGCAAGUCCAGCCGGCCUCAGAGUUCUCUGGCCCUGAGGCCUCCCCUUCCUGUUCUAGGCUCUGAUCUUCCCCAAGCAGAAGUCUCCAGCACAGAGCCCUGGUAGGGACUAUGUCCCCCGCCAUCGCACUGGCCUUCCUGCCACUGGUGGUGACAUUGCUGGUGCGGUACCGUCACUACUUCCGACUGCUGGUGCGUAUGGUCUUGCUGCGGAGCCUCCGAGACUGCCUGUCAGGGCUGCAGAUUGAGGAACGGGCCUUCAGCUAUGUGCUCACUCAUGCCCUGCCUGGAGACCCCAGUCAUAUCCUCACCACCCUGGACCAUUGGAGCAGCCACUGCGAGUACCUGGGCCACAUGGGGCCUGUCAAAGGUCAGAUCCUGAUGCGGCUGGUGGAGGAGAAGGCUCCUGCUUGCAUGCUGGAGCUGGGCACCCACUGUGGGUACUCCACGUUGCUUAUUGCCCGUGCCCUGCCCCCUGGGGGCCGCCUUCUCACUGUGGAGUGGAACCCACGCACCGCAGCAGUGGCUGAAAAACUCAUCCGCCUGGCUGGCUUCGACGAGCGCACGGUGGAGCUCAUCGUGAGUAGCUCAGAGGAGGUGAUCCCACACCUACGAACCCAGUACCAGCUGAGUCAGGUAGACUUGGUGCUCCUGGCACACCGGCCCCGACGUUACCUGCGAGACCUGCAGCUUUUGGAGGCCCAUGCCCUGCUGCCAGCUGGUGCCACUGUACUGGCUGACCACGCGCUGUUCCCUGGUGCACCCCGCUUCCUGCAGUAUGCCAAGAGCUGUGGCCGCUACCGCUGCCGCCUCCACCACACUGGCCUCCCAGACUUCCCUGCCAUCAAGGACGGCAUAGCCCAGCUCACCUAUGUAGGGCCUGGCUGAGAUCCAGGCCCAGGGGCACUUACUGCUGCCUCUCCACCCCCACCGAAGCAAGGACCUCAGAACAUCCAUUCUUCUCCCUGCUUGUGGCCUGACACAUGCUGGACUCAGGGCUGGGGAGGCUGUCCUCCAACCUCUACCCCACUCCAGUUCUACACUGACCUGAGACAUCAAGUUCUAUCAGGAUGCUUGGUUCCAUUGCCCCCCUCCUUCCAGAGAGCCAUGGAUUGACAGGCAAGAGACCUGGGCUCCCAACCCAACUCUAUCACUGAUUUUCUGGGUGACUCCAAGGGAGUCCCUGUGCUGCCUGAAGAUUUAAUCUCUCUUAACACCAAGGAAGCUAGCUGGAAAAUCUCCAGGGGCCUCCUAGCUCUAGGCCUCAGAAGCCUUCCCUCCUCAGCUCAUGCAAUUCCAGUUAGGAUCAGAGGAAACAGUAAACAUUGAGUUAGAGGCUCUGAAGAAAUGGGUACAAGCUGAGCCAGAGAAAAUGGUAAUGGAGCCUGGGCCCAGGGCCAGGGCCACCUCUAGCCCUGGACAACAUGAUCCAGUAGGCUUGCCUGAAGUCCCUUGUAUGCCCUCUCCCUGAAGCUCAAGAGAAGAUGCUGGAUUCCUCUGGGCCCGACCAACAAUUAGGGAAUAGACACGGGGAAAAAAAUAAAAUCAUUCCUGUGUCUUUAUUAAA